UCGAAUUGAAAAGUGUUAAGAAUUUAUAUUGAUCAUCAUUCGAAUUUUGUUUUGAUGAAAACUUUUGGACUUUGAAUUUAUUAUCAUCAUCAUCAUUUUUAUCCAAAAGUAUGGCUCGUUUGACAUUGGGUAUGCAAUGUUUUUGGGGUGCCGAAGCAAUUUUCGGUUCAAAAUCGGGUAUAAUUCGUACCAAAGUUGGUUAUUCAGGUGGUUCAACAAAAAAUCCAAAUUAUCGUAAUAUUGGUGAUCAUAUCGAAUCGGUGGAUUUGGAAUUCGAUCCGAACAUUGUAAAGUUUGAGGAAAUUCUUGAAUUGUUUAUAAAAUCACAUGAUCCAACUCUUAAACAUAAACGCCAAUACAUUUCAGCAAUAUUCUAUCGAAAUGCAGAUGAAAAAAAUUUGAUCGAAAAAUUUUUGGAAUCGAAAAAACCUAGCUAUUCUUCACCGAUUGUGACCGAAUUGGUUCCAUUCGAUGAAUUUACAAAUGCAGAAAAUUAUCAUCAAAAAUAUUUUCUUCGUAAAUAUCCAUCAAUUAUGAAAGAAACUGGUUUACAAAUCGAUUCCGAUUUGAUUACAUCACCAUUAGCAGCAAAAUUGAAUGGAAUUUGUGCUGGUUUUGGUUCAAUCAAUAAUAUCAAUGAACAAGAUCGAAUGAAAUUAUCAUCAACGACAAUCAAUUUAUUGGAAACAAUGAUCAAAAAUGGUCCAAACAUUGCCGAAUGUGGAAUCUAAAGUGUUUUUUUAAUAAUUAUUUCGUUGCAAUAGAUUAAAAUUUCAAAAAAUAUUUUUCUUUAUAAUA